AUGCCGGCCGGUGUACCUAUGCGACAGUAUCUGACCUUCAUGGCGGCCGCUUUGCUGUCCAUGUUCGUGGGAUCACAAGUGGUUCACAAUUACUAUCACCCGCUACGAGACUUGAACUAUUACGUGGAACGAGAGAUCAAAAUGCAAAGGUUACGUGAAGUGCCACAACAACCGGACAAUAUGGACACUUCCAAGAAUCGUUAGAAAUAAAAGAACCAUUAGCCGAUAAUCGAUUGGACAUGUA